AUGUCAAAGAAUUUUAGUGAAGAAGAAAUUGAUAAUUUUCGUCAAUGUUUUCAAUUAUUUGCACCACAAGGUUUUGUAGAUACACCAGAUAAAUUAUGUUUUAUAAUGCGAUCGUUAAGUAUGGCGCCAACAAUUGCCGAACUUAAACGAUACUUCACAAAAUAUAAAAAAGAUGUUGGUGUUGUUGAAUUUGAUGAUUUUCUUAAAAUUGUUUUGGAACAUCGAUCAACAGAAAAUACACCAAAUGAAAUAAUGGCUGCUUUUCAAUUGUAUGACACACAACGACAUGGUUAUAUUGAUGCUAAACAAUUAAGAUAUAUUUUAACUAAUACAGGAGAAAAAUUAACUGAUAAAGAUGUUGAUCUUAUUUUACGUGAAUUAAAUAUUGGUUCUGAUGGUCGUGUUUUUUAUGAUAAUCUUAUUCAUAUGUUGACUCAACCAUUAAAUGGUCGUCGUUAA